UAAAAUAGCCGUCCGCCGUGUUAGCAGCGUGCGUUGUCGUGUGUUGAAUUCGUUGUUUUGAUGUUAGCCCAAACCUGUACCAGAAUCGCUCGACUUACAUUUAGAAGUUUAACUGCUCCACGUAACAGUCUCUUAAAUCUACACACCUUUAAAUUUUCUGUCUCCAAAAACCUAACUUUGCCUAUAAGCCGAUACAUGUCACAUCAACCAAAACGGCUGUGUACAGAUAAAAUGACGGUUGUUAAAAUUGGCACUCACAACGGGACAUUUCACUGUGAUGAAGUGCUUGCUUGUUUCUUUCUCCGUCAACUCCCGGAAUACAAGGAUGCUGAAAUCUUAAGAACCCGGGACGCUGCAGAACUGGCUAAGUGUGACAUUGUAGUAGACGUAGGAGGAGAGUUUGACCCCAAGAGACAUCGUUAUGACCACCACCAGAGGACCUUCAGGGAGACCUUCCACAGCCUGUGCCCAGAGAAGCCGUGGGGGACAAAGCUCAGCUCGGCUGGCCUGGUCUACCUGCACUUUGGCCGGCAGGUCCUGGCCCAGCUCACCGGGCUGCCGCAGGCGGACAGACAGCUGGAGGCGCUCUUCGACAAGCUCUACGAGAACUUUGUGGAGGAGGUGGACGCGGUGGACAACGGCGUGUCCCAGUACGAGGGCGAGGCUCGCUACGCUGUGUCCACCACGCUGAGCGCCCGCGUCGGACACAUCAACCCCCGCUGGAACAGCAAGAGCCAGGACACAGAGGAGGGCUUCCACAGAGCCCUAGCCCUGGUGGGAGCUGAGUUCCUGGACAGAGUGGACUUCUACCACAACUCCUGGCUUCCAGCCCGCGUGGUGGUGGAGGGGGCGGUCCAGAUGAGGACCAAGGUGGACCCCAGUGGGGAGGUCCUGGUGUUCCCUCAGGGAGGCUGUCCCUGGAAGGAGCAUCUCUUCAGCCUGGAGAAGGAGCUGAAGGUGGAGACGCCCAUCAAGUUUGUCCUGUACCCCGACCAGAACAACCAGUGGAGAGUCCAGUGUGUUCCCGCAGGCCUCAACACCUUCCAGAACAGGCUGUCCCUGCUGGAGGAGUGGCGCGGCGUUCGUGACCAGGCGCUGUCGGACCUCAGCGGUAUCCCAGGAUGCAUCUUCGUCCACGCCGGAGGCUUCAUCGGUGGGAACCGGACGCAGGAGGGAGCGCUGGAGAUGGCCAGGAGAACCCUGCAGGCUGCAGCCAAGUCCCCCGCCAACGGGAGCAGCUGACCUGGCCGCGUUCGGCCGCCUGGCCCCCCCCUCGCAGCUCCACGCCAGCUGGAACCAGGGAGAGGGCCCUCGAGUCCAUUGUAAUUCACGCGUUCUGCUGUAGACGUUCUAUUUGGCUUCCCUGUUUGGAACUCAAAAUUCUGGAGAUGUUUCUUUUUUUUCUUUCUUUUGUUUUACUGCUCUUUAUUCUCAAGUUAUCAACUUCUAACCAGACAGCUAAUUUGAAUUACAUUCUUGAGAACUAAAUGAGUUAUAAUGGACUGGAGGGUUAGCCCUGAAUGAACACCCCACACGCUGUCAGCAUCACUGUCAUCACACUGCUCCGGAUGUGGGAAAGGGUCGUGUACUUCUUUUGUAAUAAAAUACAAUCUGAACACAA